GGAACUCUUGUUUUCCUUUGCAACAGUAAUAUAGAAGAAGUGCCUUUUGAAGAUGAAGAUGGUGAUCUUAGGGACAAAGAAGAUGUUACAUUCCGACAUGAAGCUGUUAAUGAAAAGAAUCAUGUAACCUGGAAUGCAGAAAGACGUUGCUUUUUAAGUGCUGAGGCUGCUGAAAGGUGAAAUCUCAAGUUCCAUUGUUCUAUAGAGCCAUUUUAUUAAGGAUAUGGAAGAAGACUGUAAGGUCAUGUGGGUAGCUGUAAAUUCUUUCUAAUUUUGCCNGUAACCUGGAAUGCAGAAAGACGUUGCUUUUUAAGUGCUGAGGCUGCUGAAAGGUGAAAUCUCAAGUUCCAUUGUUCUAUAGAGCCAUUUUAUUAAGGAUAUGGAAGAAGACUGUAAGGUCAUGUGGGUAGCUGUAAAUUCUUUCUAAUUUUGCCAUAACUUUGUGGUUUUCAGCAUGGUAUAGAAUGUGAUAAGGUUUAGGGUUAGGUUAACCUUUUUAGUUCCAAUGGACAAAUUUCCUGAUUUUAGACAAUUUAUUGUUAGGAAAAUUAUAUACCGGUACAUGUACUACAGUACUGGGAGCCCAGACUCCUAAUCAACAGUAUCUGUUUUGGGCUUAUUAAAAUUUUUCUGGAAAAACAUAUUUGGGAGAAACAGUUUGUUAACUUUGAGGCUCUUUUGCAGUCUGCAGAACAAAAUUGCUCAAAAUCGAUUCUGGCCUGUGGAGAUAAUGAGAACUCCGGUUCAACAAGUGACCAAAGCAAAAGGAAAACAGGCAUCUUUAGAGGAGGACAUCCCCAUAUCAUACCAUGGAGUAGCUUAUGUCAACAUGGCACCAUUACUUUAUCCUGGUGUGAAAAGGUUUGUGACUGCAGAUCGCUUGCAUACAAGAUUAUUGCACAUGUAUAAGAACUUAUUCUUGUUGGCUUAAAUGUUUUAACCCCCAGUAUUAAAAAAGCCAUGUUGCCUUUUUUUUAGAAUCAGAGGUGCCUAUCUUGUGAGGCCAUUUAUUGAAAAUGAGGUUUAUGAGAAAACCAAACGUAAAGGAGCUCUAGCAGAGGAGGCUGCCAGAGUGGCUAGUGGAAUGAGCCGUACCCUUGCCUCAGCUAUGGCCCAAAAGCCGACCCCUGCUCUUACCAAACAGGGAAAGGCAGAUGCUAAAACAAAGGUAUCAAGUCAAGUACCUAUAGUUUUCUUUUGCUAUAUAUAAUAUAGAAGGACUGUUAAAGUUAUUGCUUGUUCCAUUGGUGAGAAGCUAGCCUGUAAACAGACGUUGUUUUAUUUUUCUUUUCGUUCUUUUCAAAAACAUCGGUAAGCUCACAAGAAUGAAGACAGAGUAUAAAUCUCCCACAGUUUAUAUUUUACCAUGCGCGCUUGACAAACUUUGGAGAGAAAAAAGAGGGUCUGUGAACCGGUUAGUGACAAGCCUCUUAUCUUACUGGAGGAUUGAAGUGUUGCAAAUUGACACUGUGAGUGAGCUGCAGUUAGAGAAAAGCCUCUUGCUCCAAGUUUUUUUUGUUGACUGCAAGAAAGUCAUUUCCGACAGUUAAGUGGACAGUGGCCCACCUACACUCUCAGGAGUCUUUUAAUGAGGCCUACUUUGGUAAAGUUUAUUAAAAUGAGGUCAGCUUACUCCUUCUCCUCAAUUAAAACGGGGAAUGGCCUGUUAAAAAUAUCUGUGCUUUACUUUUGUGAGAGUUGAGCGGACUAGGGUGAUGAGUAGUAUUGUUGCUAUCAGCCAUCAGGUGCAGGUUUAAAGCCAGCAGACACAUCAACGGAAGGAGAAACAAUUGAAGCUAAGAAUCUGGAGGGACAGGUACUUCAGGCCAACAAUUUUUUAUUUUUUUUCUCAGUUUUGCUAUUGGUUACGCACAUAUUAUAUAAUAAAUUAAAUUAAUUAUAAUGAUAAAUAAUUAAUUAAAUUUUUUAUAGUGUUCCUACAGCUAAGGGUCAGUUAUCUUUUUAAGCUCUACUGUAUGUACUCUCACAGCACAAUCCUUAAAAAUGUUUUUUGGUGUACAUUUGUAGCAAUACCUGGAAGCUCGAACAUUCAUCACAUUGGAAUUUGCUUUGGACAAACCACUGGUACCUAAAAGACCACCUUCGUCACUAGCAAGAAAGUAUGUAAUCAUUCUAAAUAUAUUUAAUCCUUUGCUUGAAACAUUUUUUGUUACUAUUAAAACAUCUGUUUUUGUUACUUGUGUGGUAGCAUGACUGUUAACGCAGUGUCCAUGCAAAUUUCAAGAAUAAUUAUUGUAUAAUGUGGUAAAAAUGAUAUUUUAUCUUUUUUGGCUUUUUUAGAGUGGCAGAGUAUAUUCCGCCAAGACCUGUAUUUGCUCGCAAAACAGGAGGCUCCAAGAAGGUAAAAAUGUUGUCUCCUGUUUCCAAUUUGAGUAUUAAAAAGACUGAAAAACAGCCCUUAUUUUGCGUAGAUCAAAAGAGGGCUCGCCUACUUCACGCGAGAAGCUCUCGCCGAUGCUCCGUGGUGCCUUGAAAAAACAAUUUGAGAAAAAAACAGACUUUUUUGCAGUCAAAUUAGAUGGCUAAGUCAGUGUUAAUUAACUUUCAACUAAGUUUUCCAAAUGUUUUUUUUUUUAGGCUGUGGAAGAUUUCCAAACUCAGCUGACCAUAGUCGCCAAUUCCUUGUUGGAGGAAUUCAGGUUUGUGACUGAUGAUCAAGUUUUUGGCAGUUGUAAACUACGAGCAGUCUCUCCUUUUUCUUGGUCCGUGGAGCAAAAUUCGCGAGAGACACAAAUAACCAUGCGCAUGACUGAAGGCGCCCUCGUUUCUCGGGUGCCGCUUGACGCUCAGAUCGCGCGCGCGUGCACUCCCCCUCACUUAAGCUGAAGAAAAAGAGAGACUGCUCACAGUCUAUGGCAGUCGAGGCAAGCCUUGGUUUUAGUUGUUAGGUUUUUCUUUGCAUUUGAAGAAUUUUCGAGGAUUUUGAGUCAGGUCACUAAGCGGCAACCUACUGACACAUUUUUCAAGUAAGAUCCCUAAGAAUUAACUACUGUAUUAUAGCUGUACUUCCAAUUUCAACCACGGUCAGUCUGUUUGGCUUCCAAGUGUACAGAUAAACUUUUAUCAUCAUAAAAUUAUUGAGAAGCUGCCGAACCAGUCCUUCUAUUCGCUCUGACGUCAGUUUCUGAGUUCCCUAGUAUUGGUCAAUCUACCUCGUCAAAUCCCCCACAGACGUAACACUACAGUUUCUCAAAAAACUUUCUCCUUUAAAGUAAGUGCAACAAUUCUAAUAUUAUGCCUUUGUCGUCUCGUUUGUUGUGAACUUUUAGGCAAAUGUACGGUGAUGAUUUAAUGAAGGGAAAUCUGCCACAGUCAAAUGAUGCCAUGGACCAAAGGUGUUGUAAAAAUCAAAUUCAGUUUGUUAAGAGUUCACUCCUUGAAAAAGAAACCUUGCUAGUGAAGAAAUGGGACAGAUUACCAGAAUAAAGCGUUAUAGAAUGAAAUAUUUAUAACAUACAAAUGGAGAGGUUAGGUUAAACAGCGUUUAUUUCCUAUUGGGCCCAAAUUCUAAACAGGGCGCUUUCUUAUUGUACAUGUACAAUUACACGUUUUGUUAGUGCUGUGCCGUGAAAAAUAUGAAAGCUAUUUUAACUUACUGUGAAGGCGGCCUACAUUUCCCUUUCUUCUGCCAUUAAUGUAGCUACUGCAACCUUUAUAUGUUUUUUUUUGUCUGUGACAGAAGGCAAAAGUUUCUGUACGACCUGAAUACAUCUGGGAAGUACUUUGCAUUUAAGGAGCAGCUAAAGGUAUUAAAUCAAAUAGUCUACAGUUUUAGUGAAGACCGCAUUAUAUGGAAAACAAGGUGUAAUGAAAGGAGUAUAACUACCCUGUCUCAAACGUGAGCUACGGGCGUGGUGGGUACCGAAGAUUUGUGGGUGGAGUAUUUCCUUUUCAAACGUUUACGAUCAUGUUGCAAUUAAACUGCAACUGGAGGCAAGCGUGUUUGUAGCAACAUUAUAAAGAUAUAACACAAAACUGAUACAACGAGAAGUAACAAACUGUGCGGAAUAAGUGAAUUAAGUGUGUGUGAGCUUGCCUUUCCAGACUAUUAAUACUGCUUUAUUUGCUUUCAUCCACAGAACAGUGUGAUUAAGAUUGUCCGUGAAAAGUACUUGAACACAACAGCAUUUGCAGAUAAGGAGAAACUUCAGGCAUUUUUAAGCGAGUUAUAUGUUUUUCUAAUUGACCAGAUGCACGUUGCCUUAAACAAGGUGAGUUGAUUUGUUAGAUACAUCAUACAUCUCCCAUUCUGAAAGGCCCAAAAUUAAUUACCUCCCCCACCACCCCCACGCCCCCUAACCAAACUGCUUUUUGGAAAAAGAGAAACCUUAGGCUUUUUUAAGCGAGUUAUAUUUUUUUCUAAAUUACCAGGAUCGCCGUGCCUUUAACAAAGUGAGUUUGUUUUUUUGAUACAUCAAACCCCUCCCCUUCUUGAAAGCCCCAAAUUUAUUUCCCCCCCCCCCCCCCCCAGCUCCCACUCUGCUAUUAAUUGUAAUAUCGAUGACGAGAUACUGUUUGUUUUAGUCAUGUUACUGAGUCAAAUCGACAAAACAGUUGGUUAACCAGUAAAUGUCGUCAGGUUUUUAAUACGUACCUCUUUCAACUCCCUAUCUGCUUGUAUUUUGUCGGUGUCUCUUCUCCCUAGCUAGAGCGCUGUUAGCAAACCCAGAGUUAUUGAAAUGGCUGAAAUUUGCCACAGUCAGUUCCAACAGCAAGAAAUAUUUAUGUGUUUGAAUACUAGAAAACAAAGUAUGAAAAUUUGGUAAGUACUUAGCCUUUUGGAAGCUAUGCCCCUUUCCUCCCUUCUAAAUUACCCCAGUUCAGAAGCAUCAGCCCCAUGGCUCACCCCCCUCCCUAAAGUCAUGAAAAACUCCAAGCUAAAGCUAGCUGAAAAGCAUGAAAUAUUUAAUUUGUUCUGAUCCUUAUUAUUAUUGGUUUUGUGUUUGUGUGUUUAGUUUUUGACUGCAGAGGACACCCCAGAGGAGCCAGCACCCGUGACAGAUUCUGCAACACUCAAACACUUCGCUAGAGAGGCCGAGGUACUGACACGUGACGUCUGUACAUCGUAGAAACAAUUAAAAACCCUAUUUACGUCCAUGUUGUCCUAUUUUGCCUUCUUUCGCUGAGUUACGCGACAAAGAAAUACAUUGUACACUUUUUUAAAAAGUUUCCUCUGUAGUAGACGAAGCCUUUUCUCUUAAGGGUGAAACUGCGGUCUGUUAUCUUUACUGCACUUCCCGGCGUUGAAUUUUAUCACUAUUAGGCGUUGUUCUAGCCACGUGCACGUUUUGCGGCAGCUCGUUGUUUUUUUCCGUUUCUGGGGCAAAAGCGUAAAGUUUAAAGUUGUGAUUUCAAGAAUAGAAAUUAUUAGUUUCCAUUUAAUUGUUAGUAGUAUUAUUUUGCGUCUUGACUACACGUUUCAUAUAACGUUAGAACUUUGCUUGUGCUUUUUUGAGCCGUAAAUUUACCUUUUAAGCUAUUUUGUCGUGUGUAUCCCCAACAUCGUAGUUGUAUUCAGCAGUGUGGUCCAUUAUUCUUAGUUAUUGUGCAGUCGUGUUUAUACAAAAAGUAAAAGAUCGGUAUACAAUAUUAAACUGAUCCUCAUCAUACGUGUGUUCUCUGUUUGAUAUUUUUAGGUGAACCAGAAUUUCGAGCUUGCUGCCAAGUACUACCAAGAGGUACUCUUUGUAAUCCCUUUCUUUCUUGUAAAUUUACACCAGAGCGUGCUUUGGGCGUCUGUUGUUUGAGUAAAAUAUAGCGCCUUCUGGAGAGGUGCAUGCUAACCGGGGGUAGGACAUGGUCUUCUAUUCACCUCCCAGAAGAGGGAAAUACAUCAAUAGCUUUCAGACUGACGGGUGCGUGCCAAGAAAGUAAACUUCUGCACAUUGGCCGUUGGAGAGGUUGUCAGUCUUAUAUUUCACAUACGUUAUGUAUAUUCAUGACGUCAGCUUACUGUUGCCUUGAACUCAAACAAAAUAGCGGGCGUCCACCAGGUCACGUGAACUAGGAAUUACUAACAGGGUUUUUUUUUAUCAAAGCGGCUGUCCCGUAACAAGAACGAUCCAGAUCACUGGUUUGAUUACGGAGCCUUUUGCUUACUUAUUGGAGACUUUGGAAAGGUAAGCAGAGAAGAAUAUCAUAAAACCUUUCAGUACACCUAAGGCGCCUUUACAAAGAAUUCCCGCUUGUCUGAGAGAAACUUUGAUACAUUACUUGAUUUUUCGUUUUUUUCCACUCUGACAGAUCAUUAUUUGCAAAAGCACGCUUAUUGACCAGGAGACCUUAUGAGAUUCAAUUCAAUUCAAUUCUUUAUUUCACACUAUAUAAGAUAUUUACAUAAGUGUACGUAGGUAGGAAAAUAAAGUAGCUGACAAAUAAUAAUUAACUAAAAGACAUUAAGUUCAUUUGUGUACAGUACUAUAGUGUCCAAAGUAGUAAGAGCUUUCUUGUUGGACACCGUCAUGUUGAAAUAAUCGGCAGCAAUAGAUGAUCUAAAAUGCUGAUUUGUUAGAGUGCUUAAUCGGGAUUUACUUUUAUAGUCGUUUUAUAUUUUGUUAUUCGUGAGUUUGGUUUGAAGUAGAUAGGACCACAUUUACAAGUAUGGAAAAGGAGUAGAAUGUACAGUGAACAAUAAAACUAUUAUAUAUGUAGAAAUGAGGUUUCAAUUGCGUUGUUUGUUGUUUUAAGGCGGAAGAAUGUUUUAAAGAGACAAUAGCAAUUGCUCAGAAACAUCUACCAGGGUAAGUAUAAUAAAGUUAUUAAGGUAAAUAGCCCUUCUCCUUCUGGUUGUUAACAUCAGUCCAUUCAUUUUCGUCGCGUAUUCUCGAUGUCGUUUCUUAAGUCUCGCGGUAAUGGAUUCUCAUUUAAGUACAAUAACUCUUGCUCAUGUUUACACGGCAUAGUAUUCAGCAGAAAUGAAUUCCUUUGGAACCUGGCAGCAGUGUGGAAAAGAAUAUCCAUACACAAGAAGUGCAAAUGUGAAAAACGUGGCGGAGAAUUUGCUCGUCUGACGAAAACAUCAGUAAAACCGCCCAAAUAUAGAGAAAUGGGUUCAGGAAUGACUGAUUCCUGGAUAACGUAAACUUGCACAAGGAAAAUUGAAUACCUGUAUUUGUUAAACGGAGAUUUCCUUCAGUGGUGAUUUCCUUUGUUUUAUCAUGAGUUGCGGAAUGUGUCUUUACCAAUCAUACCGCAUACCGUUUUCAUCUAAUUGGCUGUGUCUUGGCGACAGAGUUGCAAAUCUAAUGUUCAUACAUUGUUAGAUUCAGUUGUGUACCUAAUUGUUUGUUUGGUUGUCUGAUUACCAGUCUUUUGAUGUACGGCUGCAUGGCUCUGAUGAAUGAGAGAUAUGAAGAAGCUGAGACUUUCUUCGAAGCUGCCACAUGCGCUGAGAGCAAGAGUGUUAUAGCNGAAAAACGUGGCGGAGAAUUUGCUCGUCUGACGAAAACAUCAGUAAAACCGCCCAAAUAUAGAGAAAUGGGUUCAGGAAUGACUGAUUCCUGGAUAACGUAAACUUGCACAAGGAAAAUUGAAUACCUGUAUUUGUUAAACGGAGAUUUCCUUCAGUGGUGAUUUCCUUUGUUUUAUCAUGAGUUGCGGAAUGUGUCUUUACCAAUCAUACCGCAUACCGUUUUCAUCUAAUUGGCUGUGUCUUGGCGACAGAGUUGCAAAUCUAAUGUUCAUACAUUGUUAGAUUCAGUUGUGUACCUAAUUGUUUGUUUGGUUGUCUGAUUACCAGUCUUUUGAUGUACGGCUGCAUGGCUCUGAUGAAUGAGAGAUAUGAAGAAGCUGAGACUUUCUUCGAAGCUGCCACAUGCGCUGAGAGCAAGAGUGUUAUAGCGUGGACUAUCUUGGGUAAGAUUCUUAGUUCACAGCUGCGCUGUGCCUGUUUGUUGUGUUAGUCAUUUAUUUGUAUUGUUGUUUGUUAAAAAAAGUGAAAAAUGUGUUGAAGUUUGAAGAUGAAGCAUUUUUUACUUUCAAAAGUUGAAAAAUUCAUUUGAAAGUAUAACAUUCUCUCUCUAUAUCUCUCUCCUUUUGACAAUUGUAAAUAUCUGCGAGUGGAAGUAAAUUUUAAGAGGAAGUAGGUGGGGCAAUAUUUCCUUAAGGGGAGCGGUCGGGCAAUCUUUUGACCUACUCCUGUGCGACGCACUCAAGUUUUGGACAUUUUGCGACUUAUAAAAGAACGCGAGUUACUGGUUAAAUUACUGGUUAAGAUUGGUUAAUUCUGUACUUUAACCUUGAGCAUUGGAUCGAGGACAAGAAAUUGUUAAUUUUAGUUGUGAUUUGACAAAUGACAAAUGAGUGAAACUUUAAUAAGUGUGCAUCUUGCAGUUGUUUUUUAGUUACCUCUCAAGCAACAGCUGCAAUUCAUCGCGCAAACCGUUUUUCUUGUAGGAUUGUAUUACGAUAGCAUACAAAACGACAUUGGAGCCGAGCGUGCUUUUCUUGAGGCCAACCGCUUGAAUGUAGCAACGCCAUCUUCACUUGAGCUUGCAGAACCUGUUGACGUGGUAGCUGAGGUUGAGGGUGACGCUUCGGAACCUGGGAUCGAGGAACCUGUUGGUGAAGGUCCUCCCUGGACAGGUGCAUCUGACGCCACUAGAAUGCCGGAAGUACAUGGUAAUUGUCAUUGUUGUUAACUGGAGUGCGAUUACAGUCGUUGGAUUUCCUGCGCUAAGGUUACGCUUUGUUUCUCUAAGAUAGCAGAGUGAGAGAAGUACGCCGUGUGCGUGAAAGUCGCCACCUACUUCCCUCCAUGUAUCAUCUUUCCUUGCGGAAGGAAAUCUUGUAUGGUUAUCAUGUCUUGCUUUCAUUUGAAUAGUUGGGGAGCCACCAAGGCAAGAGACUGCACCAGGUACAGGGGAUGCCGCCUCCACGGAGCCCUUUGCAGCCCUCCCUCCAUCAGUUGUGAUUAGUUCAGCCACCCCCGUGGCAAAGCCUGGAUCUAAACCUCCCACCCAGUCUUCAACUCAUGUAGCUUCUAAGCAGAGUUCACGACUUCCAAGUGCUAAUAGCUCUCACCGCCAAUCCCCAAUUCAGGAGCCUCAACAUGCGGUACCACCAAAGGAAAAGCCAGCGGAGGUCAAAACAUAUACCAGUAUUUUCUUGCAAACGGCGAAUUUCUUACUGGAAGUAAACGCUCUGCAGGUAAUGAGGUUACUUUUUAUUUAGCAAAGCCUGAAAGCGGAGCUCCUGUAUAACAUUAACCAUUUACUUAAACUUGAAGUCAUUGCAAUCGAAUUAAAUACUUCUGACACACCAAAGAAAACUUGAAUCUUCGAUCCAGUGAAAAAUUAUUAGGUAUUCAGUCUGUUCUUGAACGGCUGUUAAAUUGACUUUGAUACCCUUUGUAUACGAACAAAAGAAUGGCUUUCUCGUUUCAACAGGACCGUCACGUGGCAACAAAAGUAACUUUCUUGUGAUACAUCUUGUUAUUGUGUGUGAUAUUUCCUUCUGUAGAGACUUGAAACGACAAUGACGCAGUAACCACCAUUACGACAAGUACGUUUAUGUUAUAGUCACAAGACUUAUUGCAAACUUGCAUGGAUACUUGAAUAGCCACUUUAAGUAUGGUGAAGGAGGGUUUAACUAAGUACUCAUGAUUAUGUUUGUUCCUGGUACUAGUUAACUGACGCGGCCUUGGCACACGAGCUGGUAUCAGCUAAUGGAGAGCCUGGAGCUGAUUACUUUGUUUUACUGGGAAGACUUAAGAUUCAACAGAAAUCCUUCAUAGAAGCUGAAGAAAAUCUUAAACAGGCCAUUGUUCUAAAACACGAGGUUGGGAUGUUCAAUUCCUCUGUUCUCUUUUCCUGGAAUACUUUUUGUUGUUUGUAAAUAGUGAUGAAAAAUCUACACGGCGAGUACCAUAUACUGAAUGAUUACUAUUUACAACUGUCUUGUCAAAGGUCUGCAUGUAAUACCAACUGUGCAGAAUGAGCAGCUUUAUCAAGGCGUGACCAAAAAAUAAGUCUCUAAUUUAUGUGUAUUUACGGUUGAACAGAACCCAGACGCGUGGGGUUUGAUGGGACAUCUUUAUUUCCUGACAAGCAGAACCGAGGAAGCAAGAGACUGCUACCAGAGAACGCUGGACUACACAACUGAAGCUUCUGAUAUGCAUGCCAUCUAUCUGAGAUUGGCUUCCAUUUAUCUGGAAAAGGGAGAAGUGAGUGAUUUGGAAUGUUUACUUUGUAGGAUAACUUAAUUCAGAUGUGGCUGUCAUCGGAACCAUAUGUGGAGGGUUGAAAGUAAGGUUGUCUUAGUCAUAGUCUUUUAGUAAAAGUCAAAUGAGACGAGCAAGAAGAAAUUAUAUGUAGGUUAGUGUCCAAUGCUUUACUCGCGGAAGUGAACCCAGUAGAAACACCAAAGAAACCCCCUUUUAUGAGGCUAUUGACAGCUUUGACUGCAAAUUGUUUGUGUUGUCGUAAGUACAGUCAGGAAAGGAGAAGAUAGAGGUACACCCCCUACUAAGAUACGUGAAUGCCGGAAUCUCAGAUCUAUUCCCAGACAUGCCAACCAGUCUUAAAGUGUCUUGUUUUUUUUUUCAGUUUGAGAAAGCGAAGACGACAUUCCUAAGGGCCUGUGUUCGCUCCCCAUCCUGUGUCUCGUGGCUGGGAGUAGGAAUUGCUUGUUACAGGGUGAGUGAUAAUACAACUGUCAAGAACAACGUCUACAGAAUUUAUGCCCUCGGACGGACUGGGCUUUUAAAAAAGCUAAGUAGUCCAACUGCAAUAUUUAGGUAAAUUUUCUUUCCAUUUACAAACUAGCCUGUGAAGAGGCUCUCUGUUUGGGGAAAGGGUGAAAAAUCGCGAGGAGAGAGAAAAGAAAGGGUGAAAAAUUAUUAUUUUCCUUCUCUCUCCUCGCGAUUUUUUCACCCCAUCCCAAAACAGAGAGCCUGUUCACAGGCUAUUUACAAACUGACUACUUUAUACAUCAUAUUUCUAUUUAUUUCGCGAACGACUGCCUUUUGAAUAACUAAAUUUGUUUGUCCCUUCACUUGAGCGCUAUAGCUAUUUGAUUGUUUGUGAUCUGAACGUACUUCUUGAUUAAGUUGGAGAAGGUGUUUUGUUGAUCAUUCACGUAAUCAUUAACGCCUGAUGCCUACCUUGUUCUUUUGAAGCUGGGCGAUUUAGCUGAGGCUGAGGAUGCUUUAUCUGAGGCAAAUAUAUUGAACAACAAAGACGCUGAAGUAUGGUCUUACUUGUCACUGGUCUGCUUAGAGGUGAGUGUUGAUUAUCAAGACGCCAGGGCUGUCAAACCACUGAGAGAACAGGCCAGGAAAGCCAGGGGAAGGAAAGGGGUUGUAAAGGAGGGAUGGGUUCUUAUACAGCCAGCUGAUUGACACCUUUCAAUUUCAAUUCGCCAUUGUAUGAACUACAGGGAGAUUGGGUAAGGCUUUAUAGGACCUUUUGGGUGGACACAAACAGCCAAGAUUGGUUCGUAUUUACCCUUAGAUAUCUCUCGACCAAUCGCAAGUAACUUGUGAGAAUAACGCUGUUUUUUACUCUACUUUACUUGUCUGUCAGGUUUAUAUUUUAUCACCCGAUUAAUCGCUCACAAUCGUCGUUUUUCACCAAGGGAUAAUCGUAGAGCUUACACACAAACCAUAAUGAUCAUGUUACUCAUCUUUUCAUUUAGACUGGUCGACAACUGGAAGCAGAACAGUCUUAUAAAUACGCUCUAAAGGUGAGAAAUGAAGAACUGCGUUAGCUUAUUUCGUGUUGAUUAUUGUAGUGAAGCCUGCCACAGUGCGUAAGACUUAUGAGGCGCUAGGAAGAGAGGUCAAAACUAACACGUUCUUAUGUGCACCCUAAGUUAUCCAUGCGCACGAAGAAGUGAGCCUACUCGCAGGCUACUUCUCAUGAUAACUACUGUGUUCAUUACGGAAAGUACUCAGCAGAAUGCUGACCUAUAAUUCUUAUUUAGUAAGAAUUAUAGGUCAGCAUCUAAUUUUUGUUUAAUAACUGAUAUUGUUUAACGUAUUGUUUCAGCUAAAUUUACAAGAUGACAAGCUGCUUGCCGAGAUACAUCAAACUCAGCAAAGAGUGGGAUUCGGAAAUCCUAUGGUGGCAUGA